AAUUGAUUGAGGCCUUCCGUUUUUUGAGAAUUACCAAAUAUUUUUCACAGGUAGAUAGAUCCCGUUUGUCUGUUGAUUGUAAUAUUCAAGAACAUUUGUUGAUUUUGGUUUCGUCCACAGGUGAGCUAGAGAGAAAGCAAAGAUGGGGUUGAGUUUCACAAAGCUGUUUAGUCGUCUUUUUGCUAAGAAGGAGAUGCGAAUUCUGAUGGUGGGUCUUGACGCAGCCGGUAAAACCACCAUUUUGUAUAAGCUUAAGCUUGGAGAGAUUGUCACUACCAUCCCUACCAUUGGAUUUAACGUGGAGACAGUGGAAUACAAGAACAUCAGCUUCACUGUGUGGGACGUUGGUGGUCAGGAUAAGAUCCGUCCAUUGUGGAGGCACUAUUUCCAGAAUACUCAAGGCCUUAUUUUUGUUGUAGAUAGCAAUGACAGGGAUAGAGUUGUUGAGGCAAGGGAUGAGUUACACCGGAUGUUGAAUGAGGAUGAACUGAGAGAGGCUGUUUUGCUUGUAUUUGCUAACAAACAAGAUCUUCCUAAUGCAAUGAAUGCAGCCGAAAUAACUGAGAAGCUUGGUCUUCAUUCUCUUCGCCAACGGCACUGGUAUAUCCAGAGCACAUGUGCAACCUCCGGAGAGGGCCUUUAUGAGGGGUUAGAUUGGCUUUCCAACAACAUCGCUAGCAGGACAAACACAUGAGCAAGAUGAAGACAGGUAUGAGAUCUGAAUUUUAGUUAGAACCAAUAUUGAAGCUACCAUAUGUAACAGCAUAGAAUGAUGCAUCCCGUCUGGUUGCUGCCUUGAGAACAGCUUGUUAUAACAGUCAGACAAGUCUGUACAAAAGUAGGAUGAUAUCUGGCUUCCAAAAUGCUAAUGUUAUAUGAGAUUUUUCUGUUUGAAACUACUACUAUUCUUCAGGCACAAGGCUCUUCAAGAUUUGAUUCAUCGAUUAGAUUUAUGUCAUGAAAUCUAGUUCUAAAGAGGGUGUUUUCCCUUUUGUUUAGUCAAUAUUGUAAUGGCAGAAUGGUUGUUAAAUCAACCGAAUAUGAAAUAUUGGCUUGUGUAAUUGCGACUUUAGCUAUAAACAUAUCUAUUAUGGUGCUACUGUAUCUAUUCCGGAGCUUAAAAUAUUCUGUAAUGUGUUAUGUGGUUGCUAACCAUUGAAUUAGUUC